GCUUGAGAUCAUAUUUCCUUCCAAAUACCUGACGAGUCUUUUUUAGAUGUAACAAAUUGUAUAGCUAUAGUGUGAGGACUUACCAAUGAUUUAAGCAAUGUGAAGCGGGGAAGACCUUUGGAAGGAUCUUGUUGUGCAUCCCUCCUGGUCACUGUUGUGUGGAUUUGGCUCUAUAUAAGGUAAAAGCUUGGAAUAUCAUAUUUUAAAGCCCAAAUUUGCAAAUGUGGCUAAUAUAUUCUUUUGGAAACAGGAACAUCAAAUUGUUAUGUUGCUAAAUAAGAUGAAUGAUACUCGCGAAAACUUGGGAGAUACCGGGAUGACGAUCUUGCGGGCUAGUGACCUUGCAUUUGUGCAUAUUGCGGGAACCGCUUGUGCAAAUAACUGGGAGUUGUACCAAUUGAAGGACCCUAUCUUGCGCCUGGAGAUGGAGAAUGAGAAGCUUCGCAGCAUUCCCCAUACUGUAGUUCCUCCCUUGUCAGUUAGUGCAAGUAGAGGUGUGGCUUGUGUUUUAGCUGCAAGAAUGCAGGCCCUGGUCUACAUACUGGACAAGGAUGAAGAUGAAAUUUCUGAUUCAGAAUGACGGUUUGUUCAAGAAUUUGUGGUGGUUAUGCCUGUGUCGUUCCAGUGGGUGAACCUCUUAAGCCUUGAAGGUGCAGACAUCAGUGUGAGAAGCAAUGCAUGUGGGCUUUCUUACCGAAGCGCUUCCACUCCACCCUUCUUGGAGAGUCUUAAUUUAUGCCUGCCAUGUGCCUUUUCUGCUAGGCAGGCAUUUGUCAAAGAGGAAGAUGGAGUAAAAGGUAACUAUUUAUCUAUCGAGUUAGAUAGAAUUGACCGAAAGAUGCUGAGUCAUGGCUUCUAUCCGGUGGUAACUGUCUUCGUGGUAUUGUUGCAAGCUGUGAGACCUACUCGAUAGUGCCAAGCUUUUGCUUCAUCUGUAUAUGUUUAUUAUUUUCAUUUGUAAGAGAACCAAAUGUUUGGUUUGGAUUAUUAUACUUUGGGUUGAAUGGUAAAUGGUUCACGCA